GCUCUGCGGUCAGCUGAUCCGGCUGUCACGUGACGAGGGAGCUGCCCGGCGGGGUCCCCGCGGCGAGGGGCGGAGGCGAGGGACCAUGUCCACCCGGCGCCUCCGCAGCGAGGACUACAACGACUACAGCUCCACGGAUGUGACACCGGAGGGGAGCCCUCCCGGCGGCAUCAAUGGGUUUGCUCAUCCUGAGUCCUACCAGCGCUUUGGGGAGACCAAUGGGACCACGUGGUACCAGACCCUGAUCCAUCUCCUGAAGGGGAAUGUUGGCACGGGGCUGCUGGGGCUGCCUCUGGCAGUGAAGAACGCCGGCAUCCUGCUGGGUCCUCUGAGCCUGCUGGUGAUGGGAGUCGUGGCUGUGCACUGCAUGGGCAUCCUGGUGAAGUGCGCCCAUCACUUCUGCUACAGGUUCCAGAAGCAGUUUGUGGACUAUGGAGGUGCCAUGAUGUACGGGCUGGAAUCGACUCCUAGUGCCUGGCUGCGGACACAUGCCAUCUGGGGAAGGCGCUUGGUGGGACUUUUCCUGAUCAUCACUCAGCUGGGCUUCUGCUGUGUGUACUUUGUCUUUCUGGCUGACAAUCUGAAGCAGGUCAUAUCUACAGCAAAUGGGACCACCAAUGACUGCAGCUUGAACAGGACAGUGGCCAUGACCCCCACCAUGGACUCCCGGCUGUACAUGCUGUCCCUCCUGCCUUUUGUGGUGCUGCUCACGUUCAUCCAGAAUCUCAAGGUCCUGUCCAUCUUCUCCAUGCUGGCCAACGUGGCCAUGCUUGGCAGCCUCGUCGUGAUCUACCAGUACAUUGUCAGGGACAUUCCUGAUCCCAGUGGCCUGCCUCUAGCAGCAGCCUGGAAGACUUACCCUCUGUUUUUUGGCACUGCGAUCUUUGCUUUUGAAGGCAUCGGGGUGGUGCUGCCUCUGGAAAACAAGAUGAAGAACCCGCGGCAGUUCCCAGUCAUCCUCUAUGUGGGGAUGACCAUUGUCACCAUCCUGUACAUCAGCCUGAGCGUCCUGGGGUACCUGCGCUUCGGGGCGGACAUUCAGGCCAGCAUAACACUCAACCUGCCCAACUGCUGGCUGUACCAAGCUGUCAAGCUGCUCUUCUCCUUUGGGAUUUUCAUCACCUAUGCUGUGCAGUUCUAUGUGCCUGCCGAGAUCAUCAUUCCUCCCCUCGUCGCCCGGGUGUCGGAGCGCUGGGGCUGGCUGGUCAACCUGCUCCUCAGGGUAGCCCUGGUUGGCGUGACCUGCGUCCUGGCCAUCCUCAUCCCACGCCUGGACAUCGUCAUCUCCCUGGUGGGCUCCGUCAGCAGCAGUGCCCUGGCUCUCAUCUUCCCCCCGCUGCUGGAGAUUGCCACCUACUACUCCGAAGGCAUGCACCCCGUUGUCAUCGUCAAGGACAUCCUCAUCAGCCUCUUCGGCUUCGUGGGCUUCGUGGUGGGGACAUAUGAGGCGCUGGUGGAGCUGGCAGCGCCCGCGGCCGCCGUGGUGAACGCCACCAGUGCCAUGGUGCAGUGACGGUCCCCUGCCUGCCCGGGUACCACUCUGGGGGUGCAGGGGCUCCGGGAGAUGCUGGUCUCCUGGCAACGGUCUCUCCUCUCCUCUCCUCGCGGUGGGGUUGGUCUGUGAGAGGACAGGACUGCACCCCCGCAGCAGGAGGGUCCCGUGCUGGGCUCUGGCGGUGGAGUUGGGAUCUGGGCUGCAGCAGUGCCUUCCCUGGGGCAGGUGAUAGAGCAAAACAGCCCCCUCAUCCCCUGUAAAUAGUCGCUUUCGGAGGGGAGCGAUCCCGGGGAUGUGGAUUUUUGAUUAUAUAUUUUAUUCUGAAAUCCCACCCUUUCUGUAUAUCCCCCAUCCCUUCAGGCAGGGUGGGAGCGGGGACUGCUCUGUUUUGUGCCAGUUUGUUUAUUGUUGUUUUGUUUCUUUCCCUGAGCACUUUAUUUUUACAGAACAGAGAAACCUCAGCUCAGGUUGGAGAGCGUGGAGCUGCCUCCUCACCUUGGGAGUGUGGGCAGAGCCCGAGGCGUGGAGCAUCCCGGGAACCCCAGCUCUCCUGUGCUGGGAUCCCCAGACGUGGGCAUUGGCUCCUGCUCUGUUUCCAGCUGCCUCAGGGCCUGGAGCUGGGCACUGGGCACAUCUGUGGCAUGGGAGGGUUUGCUGAAUCUGUCCCAUGCUUUCAGUAGAAACACUUCUUUUUCCUCACGUAACGCACAAGCGCAAGGCUUUUGGAAGCAUUAGAGAGCCAAGGCAUGUGGGGAGCAAAUGGGCUUUGCCACAAGGAAGGUCCAAGCUGGUUGCCUUCAGCUGGUAGUCCUUUCCCUGUGUGGGAUGGGGUGUCCUCAGGGGUCACCACUUACUGCCUACACACCACUAAAACACAUCGCCUUGUUCACAGUGCACACAUCAGCUGUGGCUGCAGGCUGAUACUGAAUGUCAAAUCACACUCAAAACCCUUAUUAGUUUUACUGUUACUCCCUUUACAUCCUCUGCCUCUGCCCCAGCUCCUGUCUUCCAGUAGGAUGCAGCUCUCCAGUGCUUCUCCCUGUGCUCCUGUUGCUUCUUGCAUUGUGGCUGGUGCAUGCUUGGGGGGUGGUCCCCAUUAUGCUGCUGCUUUCCUUCCUCGGUGGGCCCAGCUUCCUCCCUAGGGAGUUUCAUUGCCUUUCUGCUGGAUUUCUUUGUUUCUAAGACAAGAGAGCAAAUGCAUCCUCCAUGGGAUGUCUUCUAGGAGUGCAAAAAGGUCUUGGCUGAGCCACCCCUCUGUAACCCUGUGUCUUGGCCAAACUCCUCCCUUCCAACGCAGCAUCUUCAAACACCGGCAGCGUGGUGGCUUCCUUUGGAAAGCCUUUAUCCCUUCAUCCUGCCACAGUGAUGUCUUCCUGGGGGUGUGAAUAUAGUACUGCCAGGCUGCGUUCCCAUCUUUGGUGGAGGAUGAGUGAGGCUCAGGGUUAUUUUUGGUGUCUGGCCCAGUUCUGGGAGGAGAAGGCUGUGCUGAGCAGCAUCCCUGCAGCCUGCCUCCACGAUGUGUGGUGUUUCAAUGUCUUGCACUUUCCCCUUUGCUGGUCCUGCUUUGGGUGCCCUGUGCCAGGGUAGGUCUGUGCCAUGCUGCUGCUCCUUUUUCAGCCCCUCACCUGCUCAACUGCAUCUCUCAGGGCUCACUUUGUCCCCUCAAAGUCUGCAUUGGUGAAGGUUUCAGCAUGCUCUGGCAUCGCUUGGUUAUGAGCAGAGCAAAGCUUUAAGUCAAACCCUUCCUCUGGAGCAAACACUCAGGUCUGGGAGGGGGCUCCAGGCACGCCACGGACAGAAGUGCAAUAUUCACAUCCAUCACUGCAUCCUGACCCCGGUGUGGCCCUUGGGGUUGGGUUUGGGUGCAGAAAUGGCACCCUUGGCAAAGCAGGGGACAUUUGAUGCUUGCCCCCUGCUCUGUUGGGACCCUACAAGAAGGCUGGACACAUCUUGGGGGAUGGCUGUGGCCCAAGGGCAUGUUCUCAGCCUGCCACUGGGCAUCAGUGGGUUUGCUGGCAUCCAACCUCACUUUGCACUCAGCGGUGAAGGCCUCAUUGCCAAGGACACUGGGAUAUCACUGCAGCAUUAAAUGGGUUUUGCAAUCCUUCACUUAUGAGGGUGUUCAGGGGCUGUUUGGAGAUGGGGCCAGAUGUGCUGGUGGGGCACAUGGUGUGAAGGGCUCUGCUGAGCCAGGAGGACUCAGUGGACAUGAAAACUUGACACUUGCAUAUCGUAGGCUGCUCUGUAACCACGGAACUUGUAGAUAUAGAAAUGAUCAAUGUACAUGUCUCGUGCCUAUGGAUAUUGUCAGCGUACAGUGUGUGUAGCUGCCCAGUGGAAGAGCUGGUGCUGCACCUGAAUCAUGUAUCUUACUUUAAUCAAUAAAUAUGAUUUAUUUUUUAUGUGGAAA